AUGGUUCCUAGCUGGUUCUUUGUGGCCAUACUGGCCCCUAUAGGCCAGGCACUCCAUCAGUCACCAGACAUGGUUGUUCGAGUGGGAGACUCUCUCACUCUGGACUGUUCCCGAAAGACAAAAGACUUCUUCACCAUGUACUGGUACAAAUUGCCUGUGGGGAAGGAUGCUGCUCUGCAGUUGGUUGUAUGGUCACUGGAAGGUAGGCCAGCAGAGAUUGAGGAGAAAUUCAGAAGCCACGUACAGAGCAAUGGGACUAAGGACAGCCGCUUAUCUAUGAAGAUAGAUCAUGCCCUGCUCAAUGACUCAGGCACAUACUUCUGUGCUGAGCAAGACACACACCCAUACUUCAACCUCGCUUUUGGCAGUGGCACCAAACUUACAGUAAUAGGGAAGAAUGAUAAGAUCAUACCUCCAGCUGUGGCCAUAUUUUCCCCCUCAAAACAAGAGAUCCAACAGAAGAAGAAGGCCACGCUGGUAUGCCUGGCCUCUGGCUUCUACCCUGAUUACGUGAAUUUGGUCUGGAAGGUGAAUGGUGCUGAAAGGACAGAAGGGGUGGGAACAGAUGAGUUUUCCACACAGAAUGGGAGUACCUACUCACUGACCAGCAGAUUGAGGAUCUCAGCCUAUGAGUGGUCCAACCCUUUGAAUAAUUUUGAGUGUGUUGCCAAGUUUUUUGAGAAUGGAACAUCGGGAUCGAUACGCAAAUCCAUCUAUGGUGAUGCUGGUUGUGCACUCACAGAAGAGUCCUAUUUGCGGUAUGGAAAUUCUCUGAAGCUCACUUACCUCGUGCUCUGCGGCAAAGCCUUGCUCUAUGCAAUUUUCCUGAGUGCUCUGCUGUGGAGAGUCAAGCUUGCUUUGGUAGCAAAGAAAAUUUUGGUGAAUCAAGGUCAGCUGUCAGUUAAUGCAUUUGUUUAUUGCAGAGAUCUCUGCAACAACUACACUGAUGCUGAAAAAUCAAGCUCCUUCCUGCGAGAAGCUCAACACACUUUGUUUGAAGUCUAUCUAUUGAAAGCAGACAGAAAGUUUCAAACUGAGUCAGGUGGAAGUUUUCUGUCAUGA